AUGAUCUCUUCUUCGACUGGUGCCGCCGCUCCUUCUAGCGGUAUCGCGGAAGGCAACACUACCGGUAGCAAUGGCGGUGCUCCUACGGCAAAGGCGGCUGCUGCUCCUUGCUCUCUGUCCUCUCCCAGCGACUGCUUUACCUCUUUAUUCCCGUCUUAUUCGCACAAUAUGUUUUCCAACCUUCUCGAUGGAGAUCUCUUGGAUGAAGAACUACACUCCCUGCUCAAUUUGACUGACGACCCGACAACGGCUGCAUUGCUGGAGGCUGACGCUGCAUGCACUACCAGUACUAGUAGUUCAACUAGUACCAGUGCUGACCGUACCUGUACAACAGUUACUACUGAAUCAGAAGCGUCUGAGGCGAGAGAGCAUCCAGGGUUAGUGGUGGCCCUCACUGCCGAAGCUCUCGAUGCUAAUCCUGUUGUACAGGAACCAUUCUACUUUUGCGCAAAUGGCCAAAACGGCGCAAAUACUAGUACUGACAAUAACGGUACUGUGGCCCCGGGUCAAUCCUCGAGCCCUGCACCGCUCGCGUUGGCUUCCGUCACUACAGCAGUAGAGACCUACAAGACCAAUCCAGAUCCUGUGGUGGGGCAAAAACGAGAGCUUGCCGCAUCUGAUGCAUUGGCCAAUAUGACCAAAACGAUGCUCAAAAAGGCAAAGAGAAUCAGCUUUCAGAGCUCUUGUGGGCCUCUCGCAGUCAUUGCACCCAAGGAAACUAUCAUUACACCCAAGGAAACUAUCGUCGAAGUUGUGGCACCCCAAGCACAAGAGCAGCCAAACGAACCCGGCCCCCCAAGCAGCAGCUCUACACCUCCCGAGGUGCUGGCAGCAUCCUCGGAGGAAGCCACCUGUAGUGGACACAUUAGUAACAAAUCCGUAUCGAUUGUGGAUGCCCUCAUCGAGACUUUGGCAAAGAACAAGCAGAGUGCUGAAGAAGACGUUUCGUCGCCAACAGGCCAGGUUGCUGGAUCUCUACCUCCUCCUUCAGAGCAGCUUUCCAGUAUUGCUCCACCUGUUGCCCAUGCUGGUCCAACCCUGGUACCCCCUCCUCCCCAAGCCCAGGCGAAACUGAUCCAAAUCGCCCCGUUACCCGAACUCGCAGAAAUACAAGCCAACGCUCCUGAUGUUGUGCUCUCAACGAGUACUCCACCAGUGGAGGUUACGGCUGCAGCUAUCGAAGCACCAGAUAGCCCUGCCACCACCACCAAGACCAAGGGACGACGUCCCAUUAGUGCUGAACUGCAAGAAGUGCCAGCCGAGUAUCGGAAACGGACCAGGAAUCUAUCCGCGGCGGAAAAGAACGAGAUUUCACGCAAUCGGAAUCGGAUCCAUGCCCGGAACACACGCCUGCGCAAGAAAGCCUACGUCGACGACCUCAAGCAGACGGUCAACGAUUUGGUCGACGAACGAGAUGCUGCCAAAGCAUGGCAGGAACGACAAGCCAAGAUUCUCAAGCAAAAUCGAAGUGUCCGUCUCAUGGUCAUGGAACACUUUCUCAAGUUGGCAGCCUCGGCAGAUGAUGACUCGACGGCGAAUCGUUGGGAAACACUCCUCAAGGACAGUGUUCUGGUAUCGUUCCCUUCGUUGUUGCUCAAGAAAGGGAAUAAUAACUUGUUGCAUGCCAGAGGGAUACCAGAGGUCAUGACGUUUGCCAAGAACUUUUUGAGCUCGUUACGUGAAACGUGUGGGGAUGAGAAUCUAACUAUAUCGAUUGAAGGCGAUCGCAAGUCCUUUUUGAUGGAUGGCGCCACAGCCGUGCUGGAGAUCACCAUGAAAGUCAAGCCGUCCGCGAGUAGUGGCAAGCAAGAGCUUUCCCUGGUGGGGUCUUUGCGGACAACAUUUUGUGUGCAAACCAACAAGAUUCAGUCAUCUCGACUCCUUGUCGACUUUGGUUCGAGGUUGGAGUGCAUCUCCUCCAACUCGUCAUGA